GAAUGGUUGGUGACGGUGUCAUUUACUAGCUACUGCCAACCAGAAAAUCUAGCUAGCUGCUUAAUCUGUCGCGCAACCCGAACCGUUUUCUUCGAGAACUACGACAACGCUACCCCAGCACUGCCCAUCCAGGCAGUCAGUGUUAACAAAACAAGAGAUUGGAGCGAUGACGGCAACAUCAUGUCUGGGAGAUAUCCUUUAGUCGAGAAAGCCCUCUCAGAGGGCUAUGCUCGGUUUAGGUUCAAGGACACGUCGCUGCUAAUUUGGCAACAGCAGCAAAUGGAGCUGGAACAGGGACCACCGAGUAACUACCUCACUCGGAGUCAAAGUACGUGGUACAGUCAGUAUGGAAACCAGGCAGUCGUGGUACGGGACAAACGAACUGUCACAGUGGAUCCAAUUGCUGACGCUGGAAGUUCCAGAAUAUGUUUGAUUAUGUGACAGUUAUAGUGACACAUACAUUUAUUCAUAUGCCCUACGCUUCCAUAUUUGUAAACUGUUUUUGCAAAAAUAUAUGGUGCAGACUGAAGUUGAUUAUUUGUGUCCUGAAAGACGUCUGCCAUAAACAUGUCAUGACCAUUCACUGGCCGACUAUGUGGUGGUCAAAGUAAGCCUGUGCAUGUACAUUGGGGUAUGGCAGUGUUAGCUAAGGCUUACAUUGGGGCAGCAGGUGUCCUAGUGGUUAGGGCGUUGGACAAGCUGACAAGGCAAAACACGUCUUUCUACCCCUGAACAAGGCAGUUACUCACUGUUCCUAGGCCGUCAUUGAAAAUAAGAAUUUGACUUGCCUAGUUAAAUGUAAAGCAUUUUUUAAAUCAUUUAUAGCAUUUUUGCAUUUCAAUGCAGUAUUGUCAAUAUAUGCGCUUGUCUCUCACAAACACUUGUAACAAGACAAUUGUUGCAACAGCAAGUGGAGGUUGAUUAUGUGCAUUGUCCUGUGAAAUAAGUCUGCACUUUCAAUUCAAUUUCUGUCUGUUACAUACCAUAAACCUUUAACAUAGCUAAUGCCCCUGCCAGCUUUAACAGCUGUGAUGUGGAUAGUAUACAAAGACUCCAGGAGCUCACAAUUGUAUGUAGUUUAUUCAUUAAAACAAACUCAGAAAAUAAGGGAUCCCAUGUAAAUAAUUACAUCAAAUAUUCACUUUGUUUGCCCUGCAUCCCCAUAUAUUUUCACCCUUAAAACAACAUGAAUCUUACAUUUCUCAAAGACAUGUCUACAGAAGUUACUAUACUGUGUUACAAAAUAUUUAAGUUGCAGCAGGAGGGUAUGCAAAUACAUACAAUUGUUUUGAAAUAAAAAUUACCUAUGACCAAGAACUAAAAGGAACAAAUCAAUGAAUAUGGUGAAAACCCUUUAGAAAGUAUUCAAACCCCUACUUUUGCCACAUUCUGUUGUUAUAAAGGGGUAUUUAAAUUAAUAUAGUUUUCUGUCAACGAUCUACACAUGUCAAAGUGGAUUUUUUUUUGUUUUAAAUCAGUAAAGAAAUCAAACUCUUGAUUAGGUAAAUAUUCAACCCCUGAGUAAAUACAUGUUAUACUGAACAAAAAUAAAACGCAACAUAUGUCUAAACCUGUUUUCGCUUCAUCAUGGGGUAUUGUGUGUAGAUUAGAGGAAAAAAUUAUAUUUAAUCCAUUUUAGAAUAUGGCUAACGUAACAAAAUGUGGAAAAAGUCAAGGGGUUUGAAUUACUUCCCGAAGGCACGGUAACAUGGUCAGUUCCAAUACCAUAAUGCUCUGGCUCCAACGGGACUCUGGAAACAUGGCUCUCGGUCAAGAUUACCCCCCAUGGCUAUCCAACUUGAUGGAGUCUCAAUUCACUGCGCAGACAGGAGUCAAGGAAAUCGAGGGGGGAGGGGUUUGCCUCUACAUCAACUGGUGUGCUAACUCCAGUGCGAUGGAAGUGCCGACCCACUAUUCCCUCGUCUUGGAAUACCUGAUGGUCAAAUGCCAACCCUUCUACCUCCCGAGGGAGUUUUCAGCUGUGACUGUUGUGACUGUUGUAUACAUUCCACCCCAGGACAAGAAAAAUAACAAUCUGGCACUUAACGAACUGUACAAGGCUAUAAACAAGCAAGAAAAGCAGCCUCGAUGUAGGUUCUGGUUGCCGGCGAUUUUAAUUCCCAGUCACUAAGACGUGUGAUACCCAACUUCCAUCAACACGUCUCCAACGCCACAAGGGGCGAUAAAGUCAGAGAUCACUGUUAUUCUACCAGCAAGCAAGCAUACAAGCCCCUCCCUCGUCUGCCAUUUGGUAAAUGACUCCGUAGUCCUGCUUCCUGUUUACAAGCAGAAACUCAAACAGGAAGUACCUGUGACUCGCUCUAUUGAGAAAUGGUCACCAGAAUCAGAGAUGCUACAGGACUCCUUUGCCACCACUGAUUGGAGUAUGUUUCAAGACUCCGCCGAUAACAUUGAAGAGUUAACACACCUCCGUCAUUGGCUUUUUUGAAAAUGCAUCGGCAACGUCCCCACUGUGAGGGUUCGCUGCUUUCCCAAUCAAAAGCCCUGGAUUAAUACAGAGAUUGACACUAAACUAGAGGACAGGGCUACCGCACACUGAGCUAACGUAGACAACCCUGUCUAUGGCUGAGGACAGGAAUAAGUACAAGAAGUCCCGCUAUGACCUGGGUCAUGGCAGAGUCAUCAAACAAGCAAAUGGACAAUAUAGGAAUAAGGUGGAAUCAUAUUACAUAGGCCAAAAACCGUCUCAGAGAUUAGGGUGAGGGACAAAUACCAAACAACUCGAUGGCGGAGAUAGGGGACAAGAGAAGUUAAUAGGAGGGGAGGCCACAGAUGAAUCCCUGUUUCAACUGUACCGAGCAGACAGUGUGUAUUGCGGCGUGUGGGCGAGCGGUUUGCUGAUGUCACCGUUCUUCCAUGGCCUACACUCAGAAAUGUCACCCAUUGAGCAUGUUUGGGAUGCUCUGGAUCGACGUGUUCGACAGCGUGUUCCAGUUCCUGCCAAUAUCCAUUAACUUCACACAGCCAUUGAAGAGGAGUGGGACAACAUUCCACAGGCCACAAUCAGCAGCCUGAUCAACUCUAUGCGAAGGACAUGUCGUGCUGCAUGAGGCAAAUGGUCACACCAAAUACUGACUGUUUUUCUGAUCCACGCUCUUACCUUUUAAAAAUAAAAAGUAUCUGUGACCAACA